AUCAUGGAAGCAGAAUGGAAACUUCAAGACGACGCAAUGUUUGGAAACAGGUCGAGUGCGCUUUACAAUGGGACCAGCAGCUCAUUCAACAUGGAAGAGUUUUUAAAAGCUAUUCCAGGGAAUCCUUUGGAUUAUGGAUCUCAGGUGGCCCUUAUUACUAUCUACACCACAUCAGUUCUAUUGGCCGUGGUAGGAAAUGUCAUCACCAUCGUUGUAUUGACAUGCGGGAACCGAUCCAGGGGAGAACUUAAAACUUUCUUGGUGAACCUUGCCGUUUCUGAUCUGGGAAUGGCCCUUGUCUGUAUGCCUUUCACAUUCUCCCCCGUUAUGCUGGACAAAUGGAUAUUUGGAGGAUUCAUGUGCACAUUCGUCAACUUUAACAUUUACCUAAUGGUGGCAGUUAGUAUCUAUACCAAUCUCGCAAUCGGCGUUGAUAGGUAUUGGGCAGUUAUGUACCCUCUCAGACAGCGCUUGACCAAGACCAAAGCAAAAAUCAUUGUCGCCAUUAUAUGGGUUCUCGCGGCUGGCCUAUCUUCAAUGCAAAUAGCCCUUUUCAGGACCUACACAAACGGCAGAAGAGAAGUGUGUCGGGAAACUUUUCCAGAACCCCAAGCUGAUUUCAGAUUAGCGUACACGGUGUUCAUAUUCACCACUACUUAUGUGGUGCCCCUGGUGGUCCUGGCCUGCAGUUACUACCGCGUGGGGAGGACCCUGUGGGAGAGAACCACCCCCGGGAACGCCGAUGAAUUCAGGGACAAGAUGCAAAUGAGAUCAAAGAGAAAGGUUAUUAAAAUGUUGGUCACAGUGGUCGCAGUGUUUGCCGUGUGUUGGCUACCACUACAUUUAUUCUACUUGGUGUCAGAUAUAAAACCGGAUAUCUUCGAAAGCUUUACAGCAUCACACGGACAGAUAUACUAUGGCGUGUUCUUUGCCUGUCAUUGGUUGGCCAUGGCGAACAGUUUCGCUAAUCCUUUCAUUUAUGGUUUUCUAAAUGAUACAUUCCGGGCCAACCUGCUUUAUUUGUGCCUGAGAUGUAAGGACCGUCUUUUCGGAAACUCCUCUUACAGUCACUACAACCGACCCAAGCGAACGUUUACGGCGAGGCCUGCGAGCUUCCGGUCCAGUCAAAGAUCAUUGUCUAGCACAACGCGACUAAGUUCCGUUCACAUUCAUAGCCGUGCAACGUGUUCCGUUAAAGCUGCCCCCAGGACAGUAAUCAAUGGGAAACACUCGACAACGCCAAGGAUAACUCCUUCACCAGAGAAGGAGAACACGGUUACAGGGCACUGUUCAAACGAAAAAGUUUCGCCUGAGAUAAAUCCUAAAGCUUUCGUCAGCAUUCUGAGAGGCAAUGGACAUUGCAAAGGUUCGAAGCAUAGGCCUAAUGAUUGGAUAUAA